AUGGCACUCUAGGUUUCUAGAUUUAGUUGUUACAAGUUUAAUUUGAGGAGUAAUGACGUGAGAUUCUAAAUAAAUAGCUCCUUUUUGUCUUGCAUAUGAUUCUGUAGUAGUGGUAAAGGCCCGAGCUUUCAUGGAGAAUGAUUGCAUUCUCUAGUCUGUCGGACUGAUUUAGCUCUUUUGGUUCAUUCGCGUAAAACUUGAGCUUCUUUGGGGAAUCGUUUUGCGGGAUCUGUCAAAUGUCGUUUCUCUUGAUGACUUUCCCGUUCUUUUUUUUUUUUUAAAAAAAAGAGAAUGUCAUUGUUUAAGUUUCGGAGCAAAGAUGCAUUUCUUGGGCAGUUUAGUGCGAAUUUAUCUUCUGGAUUUCUCACUUUUUACUUGCGUUCAGUACAUCUACAUGGAUCGGAAAUGGGCUUCAUGGUCUUGGUCGUUCGGUUCAUGGGAGAUCAUUAAAGAGGAAAGGUGGUGUUUUUAGCUGUUAAAUAGCUGGUUCUGAGACAAUGUCGAGGAUUCCUAAGUGGAAGGCUGAAAAGACAAAAGUGAAAGCUGUUUUUCGGCUACAGUUUCAUGCUACACGCAUUCCUCAGCCAGGAUGGGACAAAUUAUUUGUAUCCUUUAUCCCUGCUGAUGUAGGAAAAGCGACUGCAAAGACAAACAAAGCAAAUGUGAGGAAUGGAAAUUGUAAAUGGCCAGAUCCAAUCUAUGAAACUACAAGACUUCUGCAGAAUACGAGGACCAAAAAUUAUGAUGAGAAGUUCUAUAAGCUUGUGGUGGCAAUGGGAUCCUCUCGGUCUAGUCUUCUUGGGGAGGUCAGCAUCAACCUUGCUAACUUUGCAGAUGCACUGAAGCCUUCCUCUGUUGCACUACCUCUUCAUGGUUGUGACUUUGGAACAGUUUUACAUGUCACAGUACAGCUCCUCUCCUCCAAAACUGGCUUCAGAGAAUUUGAGCAGCAAAGGGAGCUUAGUGUGAAGAGAUUCCAGACAACAUCAAGCCAGAGCAAUUAUGAUCUGGAUGAAACUGCAGCAGCGCCAUCAGAGGCAGCCAGUGAACAGAUAGACAAGGUUAAUGCAAGGGUCAGGCUUAGAGAAGAUUUUGCUGGGCUUCCUUCACUUGAAGAGGUGGGGGAGUCAAAUGAAGAUUAUGCAGACUCAGCUGCUGGAGUUGAUGAUUCAUCAUAUACGUCAGAUAGUUUAUAUGCUGAAAAGAAUGAUAUUUCCAACGCCCAUGAAAUUGAUAACUUUAAGAGCAUAAUAUCUGCUGAUGUCAGUGAGUUUUCCCUGGGUCAAAGUCAGAGCCCUAGACCUCAGAAAGAGGACCAUCAUGGGAGUCGGCUUUAUACACAAGGGAGCAAUGAUUGGACACAUGGGUGGAGUUCAGACUACUCUAUUGAUAAUGAUCUAGCCGCAGCUUAUGAAGAAAAUAAUACGCUGAGAGUAAGAUUGGAGGUAGCUGAGUCAGCUUUUCUACAGCUUAAAAUGGAGGCAAGGUCACUGCAACACAUGACUGAUGAGUUAGGUGCUGAAACACAGAACUUGGCCCAACAGCUUGCAGUUGAGCUUGCUUCGGGUGAACAAAUGACUAGAGAAGUCUCAAUAUUAAAACUGGAGUGUUCGAAACUUAAAAGUGAUCUUGAAGAAAUAAAAUCUGUUAGAGUGAAGCAGCAAAUUCCUGAAAGAAGUCAUUUUCCUCAAAAGAUGACAUAUGACUUGGUAGAUACUUCAUUUGAUGACAAGCUUGGGGAUAAUGUUCUUUCUGUGGAUCAGGACUGUAUGUUUCAUAAUUUGCAGGUCAAAUGGAUCCAGGAUCUGUUGAUUGCUAAGGGCAAAGUUCAAGAAAUUCAAAACAAGGCUUGCCUCGGAUACCAUGGAAGUGAUUUUGAUUUCCUUCGUGGUGAUUUUGAGGUUCUUGAAUGUGUUCUCCAUAAUCUCAAGCAAGGUAUGGUUGAAGGACUGGGUCUGGAAAGAUCUUGCAGCGACUAUCAUUGUCCAGAAGUUAUGGUUUACGGUAUUAGUGGCUCUCGUCAAGUCUUUCAUGAACAUGAGCCUCUGAGGAAAAAUCUUGAUGCUGCAAACGAGAUGGAGGAGAAAAUGAGUGAACUCUUAGGGAAACUGGAGGAGUCCAAAACUGAGAAGGAAAAUCUCUCCAAAAAAAUGGACCAGAUGGAUUGCUACUAUGAAGCAUUUAUUCAGGAACUUGAGGCGAAUCACAAUCAAGCACUCAAGGAGUUGGAAAGCCUUAGAAAUGAACAUUCUUCUUGUCUUUAUACAAUCCCUGUUCUCCGAGGUCAGAUUGAAGAAAUGAACGAACAGUUGAUGAGGUUCGCUGAAGAUAAGAAUAGCUUAGAAUCUCAUAGCAAGGAGCUUGAGAGAAGGGCUAUGGCAUCAGAAAAUGCACUGAAAAGGGUUCGUCAGAAGUACUCUGUGGCAGUUGAUCAUCUACAGAAAGACCUUGAAUUACUCUCUUUCCAGGUUUUGUCCAUGUAUGAGACAAAUGAAAACCUUGCAAAGCAGGCUUUUAGAGAUGCUCCCCAACUCUUUUAUGAAGAUUACCCUGAAGAAACUUCAGAAGAGGCACGUUCAUGCAUGUACAAGGAUCAUGUCUCAACUUCAUUUCACCCAGAACAGUACAAGCCAGUUUUUACUAGAAUGCAGGCAGAAACUGGAUCUACAAAAGCUGACCUUGAAUCAUCUCAAAUGCAGAAUGGUGCAUCAGAGCAUAUCAUGUACAAAAUAGAGUAUAAAGUCUCUCAGACAGGCAUGUCCACUAAUGUCGAAGUGCAACCCAAGGAUGAAGCAUUUGUUAAUGGAUUCACAUUAGAGAAUUUUGGGCAUGAUACUUUAGAACAUGAUAUUAUUUCAGUGAAGAAGGAUCUUGUAUUUUGUGGUGAUCUGUCUCCAGAGCCUAAGAGAGAUGAACUUCCUGAAAAAUUGAUCAGCCAUAAGUAUCAGCAUGAUCCUAAACUACCUGAUAAUGCCGAACCAGUUCAGACAUGUAGUGAAACAGGUGACAACCAAUUGGAUGAUGCAAAUGGCAUGGAAAAGAUGGGACCAUCGCUUUAUAAGCUGAAAGAACUCCCCUUACAAACAGAAGUGGAACUCUCGGAAAUGCAUAUGUGUAACAUGCACUGGAAAGUUUUCUCAGAUGUUUUACAGGAAACUCUUUGUGAUGUAUAUGAUGGGAUUAGGUACUUGAAGGGCAAGAUGGUCGAACUUGUACAGCAGCUAGAACAUUCGACUGCUAUGAAGGAAUCCUUGAUGCUAAAGGUGGCAAAUUCGUUGGAUGAGGCCAGAGUAGCGAGGGAGGAUGAAGCUAAAUGCAUCUGUAAAUGUGAUGAUCUGUCAAUGAAAAAUCAAAUUUUGGAAGCAAAAUUGGAAGAUGUUUCGGAAGAGAACAAUUUUCUUGCUCAAAAGAUUUCAGAGAAUGAAAAACUGAUUCUGGAUUACAGAGCUUAUGAAAGUAAAUUUAAGGCUUUUACCGAAGAAAGGAAGGAAUUUGAAAACUUGCUAAAAGAGGAAAGGCUACAAAAAAGCAGUCUUCAGAAUGAAAUUAGAUCUCUGAUUGAUGACUUUAAAACACUGAAGGAAGCAUUUGAUCAUCAGUCCUCAUUGAAUGUUGAUCUGCAGAAAAGUGUUACUUUUCUUCAAGAGAAGUUGGCGAAUUUAGGUACAAAUUUGAUUCAUUGUAAUGAGAAAAUCAAUGGCUCUGCUUUUGAUGGCACAAGUCUACAACAAGACUUGGAAAACAAGAAUUACUUUGCUGUCUUCAUAUGCUUCGAACAGUUCCAGCAAGAAGCAGGUAAGAAAAUACUUCAGUUUAUUCAGGAGAAGAAAGAGAUUGAAAAACAAGGAGAGAUUGCUAAACUUUCAUUACACAAGACAGAAUCACAAAUGCUUCACAUGAAGCGGAAAUUUGAAUCUGACUUAGAAGAGAUAACAAAGAAGCAAGAUUUUUCCAACACACUGGUAGAGAAGCUUCAACUCGAAUUGCAAAAUGUUGCGGAGAAGCUAAAGAUUAGCUUAGAAGCGGAAGGGAAAAAUGUAUCAAAAAAUAGAGAGUUGUCAUCAAAAAUUGCAGUUCUGGAACUUGAUCUACAACAUGCUACUGAUGAGAAUGGGGAUCUUGCUCAGAAGCUACUGGUAUUUGGGAGUGUCAAGGAGGAACUUGAAAGGACUAAAAUCAGUCUUAUGAAUUGCAUGCAGGAAAAAGCAGCAUUGAUGAUGUCUAUACAGUCUGGAAAUGAGGCAUCCAUCCAGACAGAAAAUGAGCUUAGAAGUCUAAAAGAAACUCUGCAAUGUACCCAUCAAGAUCUGCAAAUUGAAAGAGAAUUGAGAGAGGAAUUUGAGGCCACAGUUACAAAUCUUUCAUCACAACUGACAGAGAAAGAUCAGCAGUUGCUAUCUUUUGAAGAACAACAAUCUGAAUUGGGCCAUCUCAGGAAAAAGGUUUUGGAUAUAGAAACAGCAAAUAUUGGAUUGCAGCAUCUUCUGUUGCAGAAUGAAGAAAACCGAAUCAAAGUGGAGGAUGAGAAUUUGCUUUUUCACCUUAAAGUUGCUGACAUGGAAAAUCACUUGGAAGCUAUCCUUGAAAAUUCAUUAGCAGCUGAACUUAAAGCUACGUAUAUGAGAAGUCAAUUCCACACCAGAAUGCGGGACCUUGUUCGCCAACUUCAGGCAUUGGAGAGGGACCUUCAGGAGCUUCGUUUAAAGCAUACAGAUGCUAAAAUCUUGCUUGAAACACAUAUAGCUGGUAAAGCACAAUUAGCUGAUGAAAAUGCAAAACUAUCAACCACUCUGCAGUUAUUGAAAUCUGAAUUUGAAACUAUUGUUUGUGAAAAAGAAGGCCUUGUGGAUUGCAUAAGCAGAUACAAGGCAAUAUGUGUGGAAGAUGAAGAUAAGAUGGCUAGUGCUGCAUCUGUGGAAGUUGAUAGUCUAGAAAGGCAAAAGUACGAAGAUGAAAUUCAGCAGCUGAAAAAUAUGGUGGUCAAUUUUGAAGAAGAGGUGGAUAAUUUGAAAUUAUCUGGAUGCGAGCUAGAAAUUAUGGAUAUAAUACUCAGAUCCAAAUGGGAUGAACAGCGAAGCCAAAUAUCAUUGCUUGUGGAAUUUGUUCAUGAGUUGGGGAAGUUAAGAGAGCAAAACUAUGACCUUAGUUACAAACUCUCUGAACAGAUUUUGAAGACACAAGAAUUUAAGAGCCUCUCUAUCCAUCUUAGAGAACUCAAAGACAAAGCAGAUGCUGAGUGUCAUCAAGCUCGUGAAAAAAAAGAGAGAGAGGGAUCAUCAUUUGCCAUGCAGGAAUCACUGAGAAUUGCUUUUAUCAAAGAGCAAUAUGAAUCAAAGCUUCAAGAGCUAAGAAAUCAACUGCACAUCUCUAAAAAAUAUGCAGAAGAAAUGCUAUUGAAAUUGCAAAAUGCUCUUGAUGAAGUUGAAAGCGGAAAGAAAAAUGAGGUUGCCCUUGCAAAGAGAGUUGAAGAGCUGUCAAAGAAAAUCUUGGACUUGGAGACUGAGCUACAGACAGUUCUGACAGAUACAAGAGAAUUAGAUAAAGCUCAUGACAGAAUGAACGCUGAACUGGAGUGUGCUAUGUUAAAUCUCGACUGCUGCAAGGAAGAAAAGCUUAUGCUUGAAACUUCCUUGCAAGAAUGCAAUGAGGAAAGGACAAAAAUCAGAAUCGAACUCGACUUGGUGAAACAAUUUUUAGAGCAUAUGACAUCAUUAGAAGAUUUCCAGACGCGAGGAGACCAUGAAUCUGUUGCUCCCAAUGUUACAUCAAUUGGGCAACUUUUGGGAGAUAGCAGUUCUGGUUCUGGUUUAUCAGCUGUCUACCAAGAGGCACAAAAUUCAAUAGGUAUCUGUUCUGGAAAAGAUACUGCAGCUGCUGCUCCUAUGGAUCCCUUAGAUAAUGUAGACAGAGAGAAACUCCUGACCAUGAGUUGCAUGUUGAGCUCAUGUGGAGAUUUGGAAGAUGUACAGCCAGCAUGCAUCAACAAAAACUCACAUCUGAGUCAUCAAGUAACCUCACAGGCCAUACAGGAUUCCAAAAGUGCACUGGAACCAGAGGUUGCGUUGAAGAGUCAUAUGGAAGACAUUGCUGAUUUCGAGGAGCAUGUCAAAGAACGGCAAAGAUUGAAGGCAAGCAUGGACCUCCUUCAAAAAGAGCUGGAAAAUCUGAAGAAUGAGAAUUUGUCUUCAUUUCUUCCACUUGAAGAUCAUCAUUUGGACCCAUCCCUUCAGGGUUUACAAAGUGAAUUAUCACAGCUUGAGAUGGCAAAUGAACAUUUGGGAAGCAUUUUCCCUUCAUUUAAAGAACUUCCUGGCAGUGGCAAUGCAUUGGAGAGGGUUCUUGCAUUCGAACUUGAGCUUGCAGAGGAAUUGCAAUUAAAGGAAAAAUCAGACAUUUGCUUUCAGAGCUCAUUUUUUAGGCAACAUAAUGAUAAAGCUUCAAUAUUCCAAAGCUUCAGAGACAUCAAUGAACUAAUACAUGACAUGCUUGAGGUGAAGCAGAGACAUGCUGCUGUAGAAACUGAGCUGAAAGAAAUGCAGGGUCGAUUCUUGCAGCUUAGCCUGCAGUUUGCUGAGUUAGAGGGAGAGAGACAGAAGCUUAUAAUGACACUCAAAAACAGAGUACCUAUGAAAUCAUAGUCCUCCGUUGGUUUACAAGUGCCAGGGUGGGCCAAGCAGUGGCAGCCAAUUUGUCACUGAGAGCCACUCCCCUUUUCUGGAAGAGAGAAUAUGACAACUAGAACAGCCCCCAUAUUUUGUAUGGAGAUCAGGAUGGCAGUGAAGCAGAAGAUAGACCUGUAUAUAUUUGAGUAUAAGCUUGAUUUUGAAACAUCAAAGGCAGAGCUUGGUCUUGGGUUGUGAAUAAGAUAAGCUGUUGCAUGUCCCAUUCGUGUCCAAAUAUGCUGAUUAAUAUGUUCCGACCAAAACAUAAGACUGAUAUAUGAUUUAUUUCUUGUAUACCUCUCGUGAUUUCUUGUAUUUAAUAACAAAUAUAGAAAUUCAUUAUUUAUCUUGUAGCAAGCAAAGGAUUUGCAGUUUAAUUUGCCUAAAAAUGUCAUGCCUGGUGCUUGCAGUACUGCAAGGAUUUUCUGUUACA